UGGCGGUAAACAAACACUAGGCUGAUUUUCCACUUGCAAACUACGAGUAUCAUGGCGUCGCGAGGCAAGAGCGAAACGGAGAAGCUCAAACACAAUCUGGAGGAGCAGUUGGAUCGGUUAAUGGCCCAACUACAAGACUUGGAAGAGUGCAAGGAAGAUCUCGAUGCCGAGGAGUACGAGGAAACGAAGACGGACACCGUAGAGCAGCUGAAGGAGUUCCGGGAGUCACUGCAGAAGAUGGCGUCGGGAAACAUGACCCUCGUCGACGACAUCAACGCUAUGCAGCUGGCUAUUCAAGCGGCAAUAUCGAGCGCAUUCAAAACACCAGAGGUUAUUCGGAUGUUUGCGAAGAAGCAGCCGGGGCAAUUGCGAGAAAGGUUGGCUCAGCUGGACCGUGACGCUAAGAUCGGGCGACUGUCGGCGGACGACCACUCCCAGCAGAAGCUCGAGAUACUCGCGGCGUUGAAGAAGCUGGGAGAGACUCUGCGAGCGGACGAGGAGAGCUACCUGCAGGUGAACGCUGACGCGGCGCUGAAGGCGUUCGAGCAGGUGUCGGGAUGCGUAGGUGAAGGUGUCUUACAGAUGGCAGGAUCACAGGUGCAACAGGCCAGUCGAUAAUUGCAUACCAAGAUUUACUUUAUUAAUUAUUAGGCUUUUUAAGAUUAAACUUUCUACAUUAGUAACUAAUUCACUAGUCUUCGCUAGAUGUAUAAUAUAUUGGAAUAGCUGUGGUAUUAUGGAUGUGAACUGAGUGUGUGAAGAAUUGUUCUGCCUCUGGCGUGUUAAUAUAUUUUGUAUUUUUUAAAAUAAAUGUGAAUUUCGUUUGUUUGAAAAAUGGUUACAUAGUAAAUGCUUUGGGGAUUAAAUGCAUUAAGCAUGAUUGAAAUGCAUUGAGGUCUAUGAAGGUGUGUUACUUUGAUUUACCACUAUUGAAUGGUCACGAAUUUCUUUUGUACAUGGUUGUAGAAUUACAGCAUUAAAAUGUAAAUAAAUAAAGCAGGAGAAUA